CUUCCCUUACUCUUCACUCAAUUUCACCUCUUAGAUUCAAUUCAUUAGAUUCAAUUCACAUAAACUACUACUAAAACUACUCGUACACAAAUGAUGAAAUCAUCAUCAUCACUUGAUGAGUCUAAUUACCUUUCAUACUCAACCUCAUCAUCAGAAGCAAGUUGCUCCGAAGAAUUCUUGUUAGCUUCGGAGCAACCAAAGAAGAAAGCGGGGAGACGAAAAUUUAAGGAAACAAGACAUCCAGUAUAUAGAGGAAUACGAAGAAGAAACAAUAACAAAUGGGUUUGUGAAGUUCGUGUUCCUAACGAUAAAUCCACUAGGAUUUGGUUAGGAACAUAUCCAACACCUGAAAUGGCGGCACGUGCACAUGAUGUUGCUGCUUUGGCACUUCGUGGUAAAUCAGCUUGUCUUAACUUUGCUGACUCGGCUUGGCGGUUGACGUUGCCGGUGUCUACUGAUCCGAAGGAGAUUAGGAAAAUGGCGGCCGAAGCUGCUUUGGCAUUUGCUGUUGAAGAUGGUAACACUAACACAGAACAACUUGUAAUUACUGAUUGUGAUGUAACUGAUGUUAAUAGCAUUGGCGUUUUGGAAGAUGAUGAUAAAAUUUUGCAGGGACUGUGUGUGGAAGUUCCGGAGCUGGAGCAGGACAAGUUGCAUGAUUGGAUUCGGAAUAUGGCGGAUGAGCCUUUACAAUCUCCGGCGUGUUCAUUUAUAAGAUCAUAUGGUAGAGAUCACUGGAAUAAUGUUGAUGUUGAUGUUGAAGAAGUGUCCUUGUGGAGCUUUACCAUCUAAUUGUACUUCUUUGGAGUUUGUAAUUCUUUUUUUACUCAAAUAAAAAGAUAUUCAUUCUUUUAAA